CUCCAGUCAUGUAGCUGCUUUAAGUAAAGAAGAGUUCCAUCAACUUGUAAAAGGAAUCUUUAAAGAAAAUGUGUACAAAAUGGACAAAAAGGCCAGACUUAUAUUUCUUGCAGAUGUUCUUCUCAGUGGAAAUGAAAACUGCUCAAAAUUAGUAAUGUCCAUGAAACCAUAUGUUGGUAUCAUGGUCAUAAGGAAAAUGUGCGAUAGGUGUCUUUCCAUGGAAGAUAUACGGCACCCAAAAACAAAACACAAGGUGGAGUUAUCCGCAAUUCAGGAAAAUCGCAAUUUGUUGAUAUCUGAACUUGAACCCAUGGAAUUGACAGAUAUAUUGUUAGAAGAAGGAGCUCUUUCUGACCAGGAGUAUAAAGAUAUUAUGCUUUUGGAUAAAAGGGGAGAGCAAGCGACACGACUGUUAACCUUACUUGAGAGAAAGGACGAGAGUUCGCUGGAUUCUUUUAUUUAUGCUUUGGAGUCGCUGGGUUUUUCUGUUAUACUGAGAAAGAUAGGAACGCUAAAAAGAGUGCACAAUGAACAAUAAUGGAGACUAUAUAUAAUAAGUGAAGGAUAUCUACUUUAAUAUUAAUACGUUGAUGAUUCUUAAAUUGUGGGCAUUAUUCCAGUACAAUAUUUAGAUAGAUAAACUACUGUUUUAGGCAGAAUUUUUAGGGCAGAUAUAAACAGCGCAAGUUGUUUGUGUAUUAUUUAUUGAUACAGGCAUUACACAUACAUGUACAUGUAAAAGAAAUUAAUAAAUGCAUAAUAUAUAAAGUCUGAAUCGUAAAAUUUUGGACGUUCAAUGUGUCAUAGCACAGGCGGCUCUGUAGACAAACUUUCAUAUCCUCCCAAAACAGGCGUUAUUUGUCUCCUACCGGUGAAACCGGAUGGGGGGAAUUUAGAUUUCAUCCUCGUCUGUCUGUCCGUAUGUUCCAUAUGGUUAUCCGUGGUUUUUUUUUCAGACAUUGAGCUGAUUUUUGGUGACUGUAUCUUGAUAAUUGGCUAAUUGAUGGAAACCAUAUUACACUAAUGUCUUA